GAUAAUCAACUUAGAGUUUUUCACUUUUUCGUAGACAUAAGAGCCGGGGGCACUUUUACUAUUUUAUUGGGGGCAUUUCUAUUUUUUGUACUAAAAUAUAACUAGAUAAAGCUAAAAAUUAACAUCUUAUUGGGGGCAUGUGCCCGGACAUGUGCCCCCAUUCAACAAGACGUACGUCCGCCCCUGGCCCCACCUCAAUGCAAAUGCUAGAUCUGCCCUUGUAUGUGCCAUCUACUCUUGAUGCCAAUUGGUCACGAGCUUUCUUACCCAUUUUGCAGGGAGGACUCGUACGAAGAAACACUUCUCCCACCUAUUCACCGGCAAAGGAUGCAAUACUCCUCAACAAAUUCCUUGAGCGCUGGAGAGUCGAGACCACUCAAGUCUACGGUGCCGACGAUAAUACUCGUAUGGCCAGAGUACUCCGAUCCACACUAGAUCAACCUAGAUACACUGCAACCAUCGUUUUGUAGAGUGAUUUUUGUGGGAUUGCAAGCUGUUCGAUGAUUUAUUAUUAGAGCUUGCAGGCUAGUUAGGGCCUUGAAGCACAAGGAACUUGAAUUAUUUAAACUUUUUUUUAUCCUGGGGUAAAUGCCGGGGGACAUUUAUCAAGAUUUAUUAACACACCAACAGGAUGAGUAAGAAAGAGGGGGACUAUA